GCUCUUCGUAAAUAGCGUCAUCUCUGUGAGCGUUUAGAACGAAAGUUUAUAUUUGUACUUCGUCUUUGAACGUCCGCAAAUUCUCUCGCAUAUCGCAAUGGAGGAUAAGAACGCAUCUAAUGCUGCGGCUACGGAAAACGCAUCCGCUGCGCAGCCUGCGAAGAAGAGUGCGAAAUCUAAAGCGAAGACUCAACGCCCGAAAUCGAAUCAUCCGCCGACUUCGGAGAUGGUCACAUCUGCCAUCAAGGAGCUGAAGGAUCGCAAGGGCUCGUCCGUGCAGGCUAUCAAGAAGUACAUCGCCUCAACUUACAAGGUCGACGGCGAGAAGUUUGCUCCCUUCAUCAAGAGAUACCUGAGGGCAGCGGUAACGUCCGGUGCGGUGGUGCAGACAAAAGGAAAAGGUGCAUCGGGUUCGUUCAAGCUCUCGACGACUAAGCCCGCUCCAAAGGCUAGUAAGGUUAAGCGUGCCGCGCCGAAGUCGAGCUCUGACACUAAGAAGACUACCGAGAAAAAGGUUACGAAAAAGGCACCUGCGAAGAAAGUAAUCGAGACUAAGAAGACAACGGCUGAAAAGAAGUCGGCAUCCGCAAAGAAGACCGCCAAAACCGCGGCGGCGAAGAAGGUCGAAGCCGCGGCCAAGCAAAAGGCUGCUGCGCAGACCAAGAGUUUGUCUAAGACCAAGAAAGCUACCAAAGCUCCGGCCGCAAAAACCAAGACCCCCAAACCAAAAACCACUAAGGCAGCAGCUACAAAGACCGGAAAAGCAGGAAAAAAAUAAUUUUCUGAUACUGCUACUGAUAAAAACUGGCCCUUUUCAGG